AUGGACCUUCUAAAUAGCAUCAAGCAUGGUUGGUUGGAUCGCUUGAGACCGAGGAACGACAACGCGAUUCCAGGGACGAGGCAGACAUACCCCCCUGUGAAGCGACGGAGAACAGCUCCAGAGUACUUGAGGAUGGCCAGGACCCUACACACCAACCAUCUGACGAUGGUAGCCUACACGAACUGA